AGAAGGGAAGGAUUGGGUGGUGGAGAUUAAAAGUCGGCCAGACAAGGGCGGAGGGGAAAGAGAUUACGGGGUACGGGGGGGUUAGCAGCAGCGGCAGCGACGUUGCUCACCAACGAAGAACAACGCGUGGAAGAGAGCACAUCGUGACCGAUCCGGCGUGAAGCGCAAUAAUGUCUCUCUCCCAGCGCAGCGCAAUGGUGGCCGGUGACCUACUGCGCCGCUGCCUCCAAUGCCCCACCACCACCCCGUCAUGUCCCACAUGCAAGUCCACCGAGAUCUGCUCCCUCGUCCCCACCACCUGCGACGCCUGCGCCCACGCCACAUGCAUCCCCAACCCGUCGCCCUCCCCUCCCCGCUCCGGGCCCAACGUCGGCGCGAUCGCGGGCGGCGUGGUCGGCGGGAUCGUGUUCGUGGCUAUCGUCGUCUUCUUCGUGUGGCGCUUCUGGAUCAAGAAGAAGCGGCAACAGCAAGAGAUGGAGGCAGAAGAGUGGGAAGAAGACGACAUUGCGCAGCAGAAGGCCGGCCGGACGAGUGCGACGAGGUUGAACAGCAUGCACGCCGCAGACGCUGUCAGUACGCGCACGAGAGGCAGUCUGGCGAAUAGCAUCCUCAGCCGCGCGAGCAAUAUCAUCCAGAUCGCGUAUAUACCCGGCGUGACCAACCGAAAUGCCGGCACAGGAAGGAAUAGUUUGUUAGGGACGGUGCCUGUGCCACCCAUCCCAGCAGCACAGUCUGGAGACCGACCCGCCUCGCCGAAGAGUCCGCUCAGCAAUGAGGGCGACGCGCUCUUCUUCCGGCCAGGAGAUCUGAGGGAUAGCUCAUACUCCGCCGCAUCCUCCUCCUUCCGCUCCGCCACCGAACGAGGAGGCAACAGGGACACGCAGUACACCCUCCGUCACUCCAUUACCCCGUCCUUAGCGCGGUCGUCAUUAGCAAGCGAGAUGUACCACGACGAGCCCACAGCUGUACCCGCGACUACAAUAGCGAGGGCAGCACCGAAAGUGGUGUCGAUCAAGGGAGCUGAGUCCACGCGAUCAACCACCCCUACAGAGAACGAGCGACCAACUACCUCGCCCCCGAGCACGGCGGGUCCGCGCAUCCUGAUCCCCGGCGAAAGACCCUCGACCGCCUCCGCCUCUCCUUCUACCUCCCCAGCGAGCUCAGUGAGAGGGAAAGCGAAGCAAGUUACCCUCGGCCCCGCCUCGACAAACGCAGGCAAAGGUCGCUUCCCCAUCCGCCAACCCAGUGACGCGUCAACCCUUACCGCCACCUCCACUCUGAGUCGCGGCCAGCACAUGCCCGCCAUCUCCUCGCCGUUAGCCACGGCGGAGACGGAAACGGACGAGGACGAGGAAGAAGAGCACGCCCGAGCGCGCCAAUCCCUGCUGAAACCCACCCACCCCGCCUCGAGCACGACUACGCCCACGGUCCAGCCGGCGGAGAGUCCCUUCUUUGAUGCGUCGGAACGUUCACAUAUAUCCCCUCCUCCUCCUCCUCCUCCUCCUCCUCCUCCUCCUCCCACAUCUUCUUCUUCCUCUUCGCCUCCGCGCCCGAACCCAUACGCGUCCAUGGCUAGCUCGAUAUCGGGUGUCGACGAGCGAAGUCGCUCUCCUCCCCGACGCUGUGGCGGGGCGGGUGUGGGGAGGGGGUUGGGCGGGUUGAGCGAUAUUAUUGAGGAGGCUACUCGCCGGGCUAGUAGGAUUGAUGGGAGUGGUGGGGGUGUGGGCCAGAGGGAGGGGAGUCCGUUUGCGGAUCCGCGGUAGGCUGCGGGUGCGGGUGCAGGUGCGGAUGAGUGGCGGCAAGGGGUUGGACGUGACCCUUUCUUUCGGACUGGAACUGGAGUGUCUCUGGAUCUUCUUUGGAUUUUCUUCAUCACAUUGGUAACGACCUUCUUCUUCUUACGAAAACUGGCGAGGAUGAAGCGAGCAGCGGGUGGCGUUGAGAGUUUUAUGCGGAGGAUCACGACUUCAUCUGACUGGUUGGCUGG